UAAAAAUUUUUAGUUUUAUUAGCACAGUGACAAUGGAACGUUGGCAAAAUAAAGUUGCAGUUGUAACAGGAGCAAGCAGUGGCAUCGGUGAGGCUAUUGCCAAGGACUUUGCUGCUGCAGGACUUCGUGUUGUAGCUUUAGGUCGACGAUUAGAACGUUUAGAUGAAAAUCGUUUGCAACUAACAGAAGAACAACAGAAACGCUAUUUCACUCACAAGUGUGAUGUUACCAAUGAAGAUGAAGUUAAGGCCACAUUCGAGUGGAUUGAAAAAACUCAUGGUGGCACAGAUAUUCUUGUAAAUAAUGCCGGAGUUGGUGGGCGUAGUGGUGGACAUUUGCUGACAAUGGAUAGUGCUUUUAUGGACAAACUCCUUCAUACAAAUGUCAAAGGUUUAGUCUAUUGUACCCAGGCGGCUUAUAAGAGUAUGCAGGAAAGGAAAUUUGAUGGACAUAUUGUGCAUAUCAAUAGCAUUGCUGGACAUGGUCUACCUACUAUGCCAACAGGUUUCAGUUUGAACAUAUAUCCCCCAUCAAAAUAUUGCGUUACUGCAAUAAAUGAGACAAUUCGUUGUGAAUUAAGGAAUUUAGGAACCAAAAUUAAAACAACUAGUGUAAGUCCCGGACUUGUACGGACAGAGAUUGCUCCAAAAGAACUUUAUGAAAAAGUUGGUAUUUAUCUUAAUCCAGAAGAUGUAUCACAGGCUGUUAUGUAUGCAGUAUCUACUCCACCUCAUGUGCAAAUUCAUGAAAUUACAGUCCAGCCAGUUGGAGAGAAUUUUUGAGAUUUUGUUUGCUAUUUUCUUGUAAGCUAUAUAAAAGUUAAAUAUAAUUGAGAAACAUUUUGCAAA